AUGACCAUCCCAGAUGAGGUCGAUAUCAUCGUGUGUGGUGGUGGUUCUUGUGGUUGCGUCGUCGCUGGACGAUUGGCCAACCUUGACCAUAAUCUCCAAGUUCUCUUGAUCGAGGCUGGAGAGAACAACUUGAACAACCCAUGGGUUUUCCGUCCGGGAAUUUACCCUCGUAAUAUGAAGUUGGACAGCAAGACUGCCACUUUCUACUACUCUCGACCUUCAGAAUGGCUCGAUGGACGUCGAGCUGUCGUUCCUUGCGCACACAUUUUGGGUGGUGGAUCCUCCAUCAACUUCAUGAUGUACACCCGUGCCUCGGCCUCCGACUACGAUGAUUUCCAGGCCAAGGGCUGGACCACCAAGGAUCUCCUUCCCCUGAUGAAGAAGCACGAAACCUACCAGCGAUCCUGCAACAACCGUGAACUUCAUGGUUUCGAAGGUCCCAUCAAGGUCUCAUUCGGUAACUACACUUACCCCAUCAAAGAAGACUUCUUGAGGGCCACCGAGUCACAGGGAGUCCCUACCACGGAUGAUUUGCAAGACUUGACUACUGGCCACGGCGCCGAGCACUGGCUCAAGUGGAUCAACCGUGACACCGGACGUCGGUCCGACUCUGCUCAUGGCUAUGUCCACAGCACUCGCGCUGUCCACCAGAACUUGCACUUGCUGACCAGCCACAAGAUCGAUAAAGUCGUUCUUGAGGGUGACCGUGCAGUUGGCGUCAAGGUCAUUCCCACCAAGCCUGUUGCUGGCGGUGAGCCAUACUCCCGCAUCUACAAGGCGCGCAAGCAGAUCAUCGUGUCUGGCGGAACCCUAUCAUCUCCAUUGAUUCUUCAGAGGUCCGGAAUCGGUGACCCUGAGAAGCUCCGCAAGGUCGGUGUCAAACCUCUUGUCGACCUCCCCGGUGUUGGUCUCAACUUCCAGGAUCACUACCUCACCUUUUCAACCUACCGUGCGAAGCCCCAUGUCGAGACUUUUGACGACUUUGUGCGCGGUGACCCCAAGGUGCAAGAAGCCGUCAUCCAGCAAUGGAACAUCAAUGGAACAGGUCCCAUGGCUACCAAUGGUAUUGAGGCUGGUGUAAAGAUUCGUCCCACCGAGGAAGAGCUCAAGAUGAUGGACAGCUGGCCCUGCAAGGAAUUCCGCUCUGGCUGGGACAGUUACUUCAAGCACAAGCCCGACAAGCCAGUCAUGCACUACUCCGUUAUUGCGGGUUGGUACGGUGACCACAUGGUUAUGCCACCAGGCAAGUUCUUUACCAUGUUCCACUUCCUCGAGUACCCAUUUUCCCGUGGUAGCACACACAUCACAUCACCCAACCCAUACGAGGCUCCUGAUUUUGACGCCGGCUUCAUGAACGACAAGCGCGACAUGGCACCCAUGGUAUGGGGUUACAUCAAGUCCCGCGAGACGGCUCGUCGCAUGGACGCUUACGCCGGUGAAGUGCAGUCUAUGCACCCCUUCUACGCUUUUGACAGCCCUGCGCGCGCUCUGGACAUGGAUCUUGCGACUACCAAUGCAUACGCACUUCCAGACAAUCUGAGUGCUGGUAUCCAGCACGGAUCAUGGACUAUGCCGUUGAAGCCAGGCAAAGGACCCGAGCCAAACUGGUUGAACUCCAACUGCCAGACUGUGCACGAGGAUUUGCAGUACAGCACCGAGGACAUUAAGCACAUUGAAAACUGGGUCAAGCGCCACGUGGAAACAACUUGGCACUCACUGGGCACGUGCAGCAUGGCUCCGCGCAAUGGAAAUUCAAUCGUCAAACACGGCGUCGUAGACGAACGCCUCAAUGUCCACGGCGUCAAGGGAUUAAAAGUGGCAGACCUCUCUAUAUGUCCCGACAAUGUGGGAUGUAAUACGUAUAGCACUGCCCUGUUGAUCGGUGAGAAAUGCGCGAUGUUGACUGGAGAGGAUCUUGGGUACAGUGGAAGCGCACUCGACAUGAAGGUGCCCAACUACCACGCACCAAGGGAGAUCGCAGGACUCAGCCGCUUGUAA